AUGAGCACAGCAUUUGAAAGCCUUCCUAUUAUCGACUUGGCACCAUUGCAAGACCCCCAAGUAUCUCCAGAAACCCUCAAGAAAUUGGCCGCUACUGUGAGGCAUACUUUUGAGACGGUGGGAUUCGCAUAUUUGGUGAACCAUAAUGUAAAUCUGAAUCACGAAGAACUUUUUGAUACUGCUCGAGAAUUCUUUGCGUUGCCUCAUGAAGAAAAACUUCACCUGGCCAAGAAGACAUUUGUUUCUUCCAACAACAACACUUACCGCGGCUACUUUCCUGUUCAAAAGAACGACACAUCUUACAAAGAAGGUUUUGAAGUUGGGUCUUCUGAAUCCGGUGAUUCACUUGGUGAAGCUUUUGGCAAAUUCAACCUACAGGAACACAAUGUGUGGCCUGAACAUCAACCUGAAUUUCAAAAGAAGACAGAAGAGUACUUUGACGGGUGCACAAGAUUAGGGAACCAGCUGAUGAGCAUGGUGGCCAUCUCGUUUGGACUGGAAGAAGAUUAUUUUGAACCAUUAUUUAAUCCUACGGCUUCAACUCUACGCUAUCUACACUAUCCUGCUCGCAGUGUCAAGGCAGAAGACAGUGCUACAAAUGAUGACGAUGAUGCAUUACUCUCUUGCAGUAAGCACACCGACUCCGGUAUCGUAACUUUGUUGUGCCAAGACACAGUGGGCGGAUUGGAAGUACAAAACUCGUUAGGAAAAUGGAUCCCUGCUCCUUAUGUGCCUGAAUCAUUUGUUGUCAACCUCGGUGAUCUGAUGACCCGCUGGACAAACGGAAAGUUUGUAGCAACAAUGCAUCGAGUAAGAGCUACCAACCAGGACCGCCUCAGUAUACCCUUCUUCUUUGAGCCUCGUUUGGAUUGUCUCAUCACUCCUCUUCAGCCUUGCCUGGAAAAUGGUGUUUCAUACUACAGCCCGGUUCGCUAUGGUGAACACGUCCUUGGUAAAAUGGCCACUUGGGUCGAGUACCAAGACGAUCGGGAGACCGAAACGAACCACACGCAAAUAACUGCCUAUCCUAUUUCUGUCGCAUAACGGAUUUUUAUUCUCCUAGUGUUUAUUCCUUACCAACAAAUUUGUUUUGAUCUUCAAUGAAACAUUUGUCAGUCAAAUGAAAUAAAAGACAUAUUUAUCCCCCAGGAUUUGACGACCAAGCAUUUCUCAAAAUCCUAGUCUCCGGUUUCACU